UCAAAUGAAUGAUUAGAAUGAGGUAAUAUCUGAAAGACAUCAUUGUUAAAGUCUACUCAGGAUAUCACUGGGUUGUAAUCACGUGUAUGAGUGCGCGCGAAAAUAUAUUCAGCUAAUGGAGAUCAAUAAUAAGGUAUUUAAUGCCGUUGUCGGUGAAGUGUGAGUGGACAAGAGCGCUGUGCGGUGUACAGUAGAGACGUUUGUGGUGCCAUCUGUAUUGUCAAUGUUGUUGGGCAGCAGCAGGAGCAGCAGCAGCGUAAUGGAGCCGUGAGGCAUUUUGUCUGUGCUAACGACACACUAUCGUUUUCUUGUGAAUUUUCGCGGACGAUGCAGAUUUAACUUACCCGCUUUCUCCAUGUCCAACGUGACGCGCACUGAGUCUGCCACAGUCAGUGCCACAGUGGUUAAUAAUCAUCACCUUCAUUGCAAUCCAGAAUAUUGAGGGUGAACGUACCGUCUAUUUGACGGAUAUCAACAAUACACAUGCUGCUAAAUUCUUACAAUCAAUCAAUGGUGAUUAUUUAGAAUUAAGUAGUGCUAAAUUUUUAACAAAUAAUAAAUUAUAUGGACAGCUAUGUAGGUACACAUAGAUUACCUACAUGUGCCUACAUACCUCUAGAUAACUUGGCGUAGUAGUAAUGGCACAACGAGGCAAGCGAAUCAACAAAAACGAUAAUGAUUUGGCUUCGUGCCCGGGAGCGAUUAAAAGACGCAAAUGCAGACUGGGCCCAACAGCCACGGGUGUUUCGGCUGUGGUGUCAGCUUUGGGGCCCUCCGAAGAGGAAGAAACGAUGGCGGCAUCAUCGAGUCAAGGUGGUGGAGCUUCUUGGACUCCAAGACCACUUGGACAUAGUGAUAUCAAAAUAUCAAGCAUAUAUAAUCGCUCGACGGCCGAAGCACCAGCUGAAUUAUUUCGCAAAGACCUGAUUAGCGCCAUGAAACUGCCAGACAGUGAACCACUCAGUCCUAAUGAGUACUGGGUUAUCACUGAUCAGUGGAAACAAGAGUGGGAACGAGGUGUUCAGGUACCUGUAAAUCCUGAUUCCCUUCCAGAACCUGUCGUGACCAUUACCCAGCCACCUAAUGCUAAACUUAAUGGUGAUUUUAAAUUACCGAAAAAAUUCAUCAGAAUAUCCCGAGAUGAUUACUUUAAUCCCGAAGAACACCACCUAAGUGCGACACCAAGUAGAGCAGAGAAAGCUUGUGCUUAUGAUCUCGAUGACACUGAUAUUGCAUGGUUAGAUGUAUUAAAUGGAGAAAGAGCUCAGGCUGGACAGCUAGCAAUAUCAGAGUCUCAGUUAGAAAGAGUCAUAGAAGAGCUUGAAGUACGGUGUUGGGAAAGGAUACAGACGAUUGUGAAAAAUGAAGAAGGUUUAGGGAUUGAAUAUGAUGAGAAUGUUAUUUGUGAUGUGUGCAGAUCACCGGACUCUGAGGAGGGUAAUGAAAUGGUUUUCUGCGAUUUUUGUAAUAUAUGCGUUCAUCAAGCUUGUUAUGGUAUUACAUCAAUACCCGAUGGUUCUUGGUUAUGUCGAACUUGCUCUCUAAGUCAGCGACCAGAUUGCGUGUUGUGUCCGAAUAAAGGUGGAGCCAUGAAGUGUACGCGUAGCGGACAAAAGUGGGCUCACGUUUCUUGUGCUCUUUGGAUACCUGAGGUAAGCAUCGGUUGUGUAGAAAGGAUGGAACCAAUUACAAAAAUAUCCAGUAUUCCACAGAGCCGAUGGGCUCUUAUUUGUGUACUGUGCCGUGAACGUGUUGGUGCUUGCAUUCAAUGCAGUAUAAAAACGUGUAAAACAGCGUACCAUGUGACGUGUGCAUUCAAAUAUGGAUUAGAAAUGAAAGCAAUUAUUGAAGAUGAUAUGGCCGAUGAUGGUGUUAAAUUGAGAUCGUACUGUCAAAAGCACAGUAGAACAAAUACAAAGGAUAAAGUCGGUGUUGGAGGGUCAAGUACCGGUGACAAAGCUGCUUCAGACUCUGAAGAUGGUGAAUCAAGAAAGCGUAAGCGUAAAGAUAUGACAUCUGAAGAGAAAAAUCAGGCAAGAGCAGCUAAAUUACAAGAAAUAGAAGCAGAAUUUGAUAAGCACGUUAGCUUAAAAGACAUCACGUCUCAGCAAUUAGAUGUUGACACUGAUGCUAUUAUUUACAUAUAUAAUUAUUGGAAAUUAAAACGACGAGCUGGUCACAAUAAGCCACUUCUUGCUCCUCGUUGCGGUGAACUUUCAAGUGCUGGUGCACGUGCUCAGGGUCAAGCUGCGGAUCUGGAGAAGAUGAGAACUUUUGUACAGUUACGUCAAGAUCUAGAACGUGUUAGAAAUCUUUGUUAUAUGGUAAACAGGCGGGAAAAACUUUGUAGAACAUUUUUAAAGCUUCGCGAACAAACAUUUCAUAAACAAGCAUUGGUUUUAUCUGGACCACCACUUCCACCAACUGCUGCAGCGGCUGUUGCUGAAGCUAAUCAUGGUCCAUCUAUAUAUGAUCGUUUAUACUCUCAUUCUGAUGCCGAAGAUCAUACUCAAAACUUUGAUACAAUAGUUGCUAGAAUUGCAGGUAUCAAAUCACCUACUCCAAUUUCUAGUGAUGAGAAGAAGAAGCCUCAGCCUGAUUUUAACGGUGCAUCGAACAAGAAACUCUAUUUUAAUGGCUCAGUAAGAAGGAAAGGACUUUGUAGUAGUGAUUUAUCGUCUUUAAGUAGUAGUGAAGUGGAUACAGCGAAACCAACAGUGACAGUAAAAUCAACUAGGACUACAAUCAACAGAGGGGGCUCGAAUAAUAAAACCAAGGUGAAAAUUGAAAGUGAAUCGAGUACAGAAGAUGAAGUUGUUGUUAUUAAAACAUCCACAAAAAUUUCGAGACGUAGAACUAAAAAGGCCAGUGCACCAAAUCGACCUAGGCCUUGUAGUAGUGACAGUGAUAAGCACGGAGGAACUGCUACUAAAUCUCGAACUCUUGAACACAUGGAGAGGGAACUUGGAAGUGCUUCAGGUAGCGAUGAUAGCGAUGAAUUAUUCUCGUUGAAUACUAGUUCAAGUACACGAGUUGGUUCCCUUGCGGCUGCAGCCAUUUAUUCUGAUACUGAUUCAGAUUCUCAGGAACGCACAUCGGUCUCUGCACCGUUUAUUAGUAAAGCAGCUGUAAAGGAAUUUUCUGCUGCAGAUAUUUCGAAAAAUUCUUCAAAGACUUUUGGAAAAGAAUCUAAAGAUGAAUCAGUGGCUGAAGUUAGUAAUAAAGAAAAUGUUAAAACAAAGAAAAAAGAAAAAGAAUAUAUUCCAUCAGCUUUAAUUGUUCCUCAAAGGCAAGCAGCAAAGAAAGCUUCUGAAAUCAUGCAAAGGUCUCAAAACAAAAAAGAAAUAGUUCCAGAAUCAUCGGAACCUUUAAAAUCUCCUAUAGAAGAUAAUAAGAAUAUUAAACAGAAAGAAAAGCCUAUAGCAAAGAAACAAAAAGAACCAAAAGGGUCUAAAGAAUCGAAAAAUAAUGAUAUUUAUGAUUUUGACAAAGAUUUUGGCGAUGGUACUGAAAUUUUGGCUUAUGUUCCUCAAAGACAGGCUGCUAAGAAAGCUGCAGAACACAUCAAAAGUGGUCUUGGUACCAAAUCUAUUGCGCCAGAGCCUGAAGUUGUUGAAUCGAAAGCUAAAAAAGAUUAUUCUGAAAAUAAAGUUAAGAAAGAGAUUAGUAAAAAAGAAGAGGUACCUAAGAAAAGUCUUUCUGAAAGCAAAACUUCGUCCAGUACUAACAGUGAUUCUAGUAGUAGCAAUAGUUGUUCAAGCUCUUCGGAUUCUAGCAGUGAUUCUGAUGAUGUCAAAAGUCCUACUCAAAGAUCACCUAAGAAAAAGAAUCAGUCAUCAUCUACAACAUCCUCUGAAAGUGAUACAAGUAAUAAUUCAAAUAAAGUAUCAUCGAAUAAGCGACAAAACAGUAGUAGAACGACAACAACCGCUACAACGACAAGUGAUGAUGCUGCGGAAAGUGCGGAUAAAAAGACGAUGGCGGCUGGACGGAAACUCAAAAAGCUGCCUGAUAAGAAGCUUAAAACUUCCGACGGGCGGCAUGGAUCUGAGUUUCCACCGCCGCCUACUGAGAGAAAAGAACCAAGUCGAACCUCAGUGUCUAAAGAUCCAAACCAAUCGCGGCAAUCAAUCACUAAGAAGACAGAUCAAAGAUCAAACAAUUCCUCAAGCAAAAAGCUACUUCAACAACAGCAACAACAACAACAGCCAAGAGUCCACCAGCAAACAACCAGUUCUCACCAAGAUCUGCUCAGUGGGUCUAGAGAUAAUGAUGGGCCACGAAAUAUAUCUAGGGUCAAACCCGUUAAAAAGACCCAACCCGUCAAAUCUCAAGCCCAAGCUCAGCAACGAGAAUCACAGCAGCAACAGCAGUCCAGCGGAAAAUGUAAAAAAGAGGAAGAAAUUAGCACACCAACGAAAAUCAAAGUUGAUACACGUAAACGAAAAUCAAGUGAGGUCCAGCAAAAGGAAGAUAAAACCAACAAAAAUGUUACUCCGGUCAGGAAAAAUGAUAAGAGGAUAGAAAAACAAGUUAAAGAAAAGGAAACUGUUGAAAAUUCUGCUGGAAAACCUGUAGAGCUUGAGAAAAUUGUACAUUCUGUUGACAUUAAACCAGCAACUGAAGAAGUCUCACAUCUGAUAAAUGAAUCCAAUAAACAGUCUCAAUUAGGCUCACCUAAGAAUGAUGAUAAAAAGAAGAAGGGACAAAGUAAUAAAAGUCCAAUGCAUUUAUUGUUGUUGGAAGAAGAAAUCAAGCAGCGAAGAGCUGAACGAGAGAGCCCCAAGAAGUCUUCAAAAAGUCUAGAUAAAUUCUUAGAGAAGCAUCUUGACAAACACUUUAAAGCUAAAUCUGAAAAAGAAGUUAAUGAUCAACAAGUUGAAAAAGAAACAACGAGGCAUGAUAAUAAACUUAAUCAAGCUAAUGAGGAACAUAAAAAUCAUACUAAUAAAGAGACGUCACUUCCUUGGGCUGAUAAAAGUGAUGUUUUACCCGAAAAAGAAAUUGAAAAAGCACCAGAGGACUCUGAAAUAAGAAAGAAAGAGAAUAAAUUUGAAUCUACUGGAUUUCAAUCAGUAUCAUCACCUCGUUCAGCAGUUCCCAUUGAGAAAGAAGCUGAGGACAGUGGGUUUCACAAGCCUCAAGUGGUAUCUGGAAAAACUGUUAAUGAGUCAAGGCAAGACAAAGAUAAUCAUAAGCGUAAAAAGUCGAUUAAUAGAUCAAUUUUUUCUCCACAACAUGGACAAUCGAAGGAUCCAAGUGUUUCAGAACUAUUUGAUUUUGAUCAAGUUAUAUUGAAUGACGACAUGGUUAACGAUGAUGGUUUUAGCAUCCCAAGAGAUCCUGAAGAACGUCAAGUACCUCUUUCUUUUUCGUUUAAUAAUGAACUUUGGUUUAAAGAAGAUACAAAAGAAGAUAGUGCUCGGGAUACUCUUAAUCUUGUAGAAAAACUUCGUAUGGAAUUGUCUAAAAAAUCCAAUUCUAAUCAAAGUGAUAUGGAGCUUACUUCUCAUGAGGAGCCUGUGAAAAAGGAAGAAUUUUUGUCUAAUAAAUCUGUACAAAUCAGGAAAGAGAUUAAAUCACAGCAGAUUCAAGAAUUAGCGUUACCGGAACUAGAAGAAAAGAGUAUAACUCAAGAUGAACCUACUCCAGAGGUUUCUAAAAAUCAUACGAUAGAAGAGAAGAGAAAGUCAUGCUAUUCUAGCAACAGUGACGCUUAUGUGCCUUAUUCCAAUGAGGAUUUGGCUGUGGGUAAAGUAGCAAUUGCUGAAAGAGCUAAGUUAGACCGAGCAGAAGCUGAUGAACGUUGGGUACCACCAAGCAUUGAUAAUUUCAAUCCAAAUGACGUUCAACAUAUUAAUCAUUUGAUGGAGAGUCAAAAUCAUCGUUAUACAGGUCAUCCAUUUCCCAACGAUAUUUCUUCAGUUAUGCAUGAUAACAAUACUGACACCUUGGUUCAUCCUCAAAUAAAUAUUAAUAUGCCUGAUCAAUAUCAGCUUAUGCAGCAACAGCACGCAAUUAUACGAGCGCACAUGGAUCCACCUCACUCUGUUGAAUCUAGACCACUUCAAUCUAUAGCUCUAAUAAAUCAGCAAGCAUUACCAGGUGCUCUGGUUGACGAAAUACCACCUAUGGAGAUGAUUAACAGGCAUUUAAUGACUUCUUUGCCUAAUGUUGAAGAAGAUCAACAAAAUGCUGAUAUCGAUCGCGGUUUAGAAAAGGAUGAUGGUUCUUCAGAUUUGAGACAAGAUUAUCCACAGUGUGGAUCGCCUUAUAAUGAUAUAAAUAACGUCCGUCAAGACACAAGAUGGGCUGAAAGUCAAGUGCUUCCAUCAAGACGGUCCACAUCUUCAUCAAUCACAUCAGCAUCAUCUACCGAAGAACAUACAACAAUGCCGCCAUAUAAAAACAUUUCUUCUCUACCAUUUCCUCCAGGAUCAUUGGAAACAGGCCCAUACAAUCCGUUCACAGAGUCUAAUGCUUAUGCUCGACCUGUAUCACUUUUUCCACCAGUAUCUUGUGCAGCGUCUCUUCCCUAUCCAUCCCCAGGCACUGGCAUGUUUCCUACAGUUUUUGGUGCACCUUUCCCUACACCUCAAAAUCUUCUACCACAUGUUCCUAAGCCUUUAGAAGAUGCAUUAAGUAUUCAAGCUUCUCCUUGUACAGCUGCUUUUACAUCUUCAUCACAUAAUAUGGCAUUGACUGCUGCCAUGGUUUCUCCAACGAAAAUUCCAACACCUCCCCCAGCUCAGCCAAUUCUUCCUCCGGUUAGUCAACAAGAACAUACUUCAGAAGCAACAUUAGAGCCAAUUCAAACCCAGACUAGUUCACCAGUAUUACCAAUGGUAUUUUCAAACAGCAACAUGUCAGAAACUCCACAAGUAACUGAAGCUCCUGUUGAAGAUGUACAAGAAGAUGUAAAUACUUCAGAUCAAAAAAUAAAUCAACCUGGAAAGAAGAGUCCAUCAAAACCAACAAGAACUUCUGCCAGGGUGACGUCUCUUCAAGGCAAAUCGCCUGGAAAAUCGCCAAGACAAGAAGCUCCUAAGUCAGUAACAGCAUCAAGACCCCGAGGAAGAGGAAGUAAAAGUGCUCAACAAGGCUACAGAAGUCGAGGAAGAGGUAGAGGACGAGGACGAGGAAGAAGCAAUCAAAAUUCACAUGGAGCUAUAGCUAAUUUUAGUAAUACAAUUUAUAGUGAUGAUUCUAUUCAGAAUAAACUUGUUGGGACUGUUUAUGACUUUGAUUCUGACGAAGAUUCAACAAAUGAAACCAAUAUUGCUGAUCUUAAAACCAUGCGAGAGCGAAAAAAAUCUACAGAUGUGAGUGAAAAAAGAGAAGCUCCACUGUCAAAGGAUAAUAUGCAGUCAUUAUCGAGCCCAUCGAUACAAAAAAUGAAAUAUGAUGAUAAGAAAUUAUCUUCACCUCUUCAGGAAACCGCCAAUCUCAGUGAAUCCAAGGGAAUAUCAGAUCAAACAUUUACCAAUACUGUUCUACCUCUUCUACCUGGUCCUGUCGAUAUGAGAACCUACAAUUCUACAGUAGAGGGUCAAACAUCUUCUUUGCACUCUCAAACUUUUGCUAAUCAUCUUCUCAAUUUAACAGGCGAUUCGACAGUUUCAACACGAGAUAUUGAAGAUGCGCUUGCAGAUUUUCAGUCUGGUUUAACAGCAAAGCCGGAUAUCUUAAAUGCAAAAGCGAGUGAUCCAAAUGACUCCAGCAUUGAAAUCUCUGGAGCUAAUGUAAGCGAUAUGACCAAAAUGUCAUUGAGUGAUUCUAGAAAUCAGUUAAAAGUAAAGAUAAAAGGUCCAUUCUUAGAUGCUAAUUAUGUAGCAGCUUCCUCUGUGCCUCCACUUGCUCAACAAGCACCGUCAAUUAUUCCUCCAUCAGCAACAAGUGCCGCUGUAGCUUCAGGAACAUCAAAUUUGAGAAGAAUGAGGAAGAAAGAAUUAUUAAGACAGUAUUGUUCCCAAGAUAUGAACAUGGCAGAUCCUACAAUGGGAAAUAUCCCAUCAGCACCAAUAAAUAUACCUCCUAUCAAUAGAACUGUGAUUACAAUUCCAAAAGCAAUUGCUUCAAUGACAAGUAUACCAACCAGAGAAGAUUAUAAAGCAGUAGUGGAUCAGGCAAAUUUAGAAAAGAAAAGAAGAAAAGAAAGAGGUGGUGGUGGCUUUACUGAAACUGGUGAAGAGGAAACAUCUGACAAGAGAAGAAUGUUUAGAAUUACUACUGACAGAAGAAGAGGGAGACAACCUAAAACUCAGCCUCCUGCAACAGCGAAUAGCGCACCUCCUAAACUAAAAAUCAAAAUAGGUAACAAUAUAAUGGGUCAAGAAGAGGGCAGUGUGCAAGAAGAUAGAUCUAGAAUAAGGCCGCCAAAAAAGAGGCUAAGUAGUAUACAAAAUAAGCCGAGUAUCGAAGAGCUUAAGAGAGAAAGUAUGAAGUUUAGAAAAAUGAUUAUGGCUGGGUUUGAUAAUGAUGAUGUUGUUUCGGAGAAAAGUAAAAAAGAUAAGAAUGGAAAAAAAAGAAAAAAACAAAAAGGAAAAGAAGGAAGAGUUCAGAUUCUUGACGGUGGUACUUCUACAACUAAAUUAAUUAUUAGACUAAGUAAAAGCAAUGCUUCUGCUAAUGAUUUAUCCAGCGAAGCAUCGGGAAGUGCUCCAAAUGACCGAGUAAGUCAAUCUGAAGAGAGUGCAGAAUCUAGGGUCGGUCCACCGAUAACAGAAGCUUCUAAAGAAGACGUUUCUUAUCCUUCAGAUAUAAAUACAAGUGAGAAACAACCAGUAGAUCAAAAUACCUGUGUUAAUCCAUCUGUAGACAAUAUUAGGUCAGCUAAAUUAACACCAAUUCGAUUAAAAUUAACACGUUGUCAUGAAGGAUAUGAAUUGAAAGCUCCUGCGACGAAUGUUACUGAAAAGAAUGUUGACAAAAAUAAUUCCGGGGAGAACGUGGAGCAAAACCAAGGGAAAGGAAGUAAUAGCAAUGAGAGAAUUGAGGAUAUUAGACAGGAUUCACAUGACAAUGGAAAAGAGAAGCCUUCCAAGCAAGAGGAUAUUGAUAUUCUCAGUCAAACCACUGCAGCUCACACUUCACCCAGUUGUCCACCUGCACCUCUUCCCCAAGGAUGCCAAGUUAGGUGAUAAUUAAUUUUAAUUGUAUAAAUACAGUAAUUAAUGGCCCUUUACUAGAUUUAUAUCGUCAAAUUUUAGUUUAAUGUAUAUAUUAUACAUAUAUUAUAUAUAUAUAUAUAUGUCUGCCUAAUGUAUAUACAAUUAUUAUAGUAUAUUAUUAUUAUUUUUACUAUUAAUAAGUAACGAUCAAUUAUUGAUAAUGAUUAAUGAUUUAUUAAUGCCCAGAAAUGUACGAUAAAAAUGAAUUUAAAUGUUGAAAGAAUUUACGAACGUACACUCAUAUGACUCACUUGAAAGUGGAAACAUUCGCUUUUUUUUUAUUUUUCUUCAUCUUUAUAAUGUACAUUAUAAUUAUAAUUACAUAUGUAAAUGAUCUGAGGGUGAAGUGAAACGUCACAAAGUGCCCAAAUAAUUCACCAUAAUUAGUUUAGUAUUGUGCAUUUUUUGAGACUAAGACAAAUGAAUGUAGUUGGUCAUAUUGAGAUGUCUGUUUUUACACUGAAGAAUUAAUGAUUUGAUUAAACAACAAUAUUCGAUAUUUGAAUAAUUUUUUUAAAAAUAUAUUAUUUAUUUAUUAAGAUAAUUUUAAUUUUUUUAUGUAAAAAAAUUUAUGUUAUUCAAACUAAAAUAAUUUUUAAGAAGGAAUG